AUGGAGGAAUUAUCUCAUCAAGUGAGGGUGUUACAAGCUCAGAUCACAGAAGUACAUCAGAGACUGAGGUGCAACUUUGGAGCUUUUGAGAAGAUCAAUAAUUUAGAGCAUCUUAAGCAAAUUGAAGACUCAUUACGGGAAUCAAUCCAUCGAGUGAACGUGCAGAAGUUACAGGAAGGGAUGACAUUACCCUUGAUGAUGGCAAGUCUGCAAGAAUCCCAACCCCUGUCUUGGCUUUUGAAUAAUGAUAAUCAUCAAUUGUUGUUACCAAAUGAACCAAAAUUUCUACCAUUUAGUGAUAAUACCAAUAGAGACGCUGAGUGUCCCACUGACAUUUCACUUCCAAGCUAUUCUAGUUAUAUUGGGAGCAACAAACUUGAAGUUGGGAGCUCUCCCCAAGUGACAACAUUGGGUCAAGGAGGGGGUGCAAUGAAUGAGUUAAGUGGAACUUCAUACCUAAAUGUACAAUGUUGUGACCAGUUUGCGUUCCCUCCUCCACAAGAUAUUGAGGAAGUGAAACAUUUCCCAACAAUGAACAAUAAAUCAAACACUGCGGAUUACCAAGUUAACAACUUUGAUCUUUCCAGUUCACUAUUUGAUAAUGGACAUCAAUUUUUGAAUUCUGCUUCAGGGUCUUGUGGUAUUGCCAUGUAUAAUGAGAACGGCUACCAUAGGGUUGUGCUCCGCAAAUCAGUUUGUUUAAAAUGGAGAAGAAGAGUGGAGAUGCGGGGUAUCGAUCCCCGUACCUCUCGCAUGCUAAGCGAGCGCUCUACCAUCUGA